AUGGCCACCCGAUACCACAGCGGCGAUGCCGCCGACAGCCCCCCUUCCUUGCCAAUCGACGACGACGACUUCGAAUACGACGCCGAAGAGGAGAAGAAGGUCUUGCGCAAGGUAGACAUGAGGCUCAUCCCGGCCGUCUGGCUCAUGUACCUUUUGUCCUAUCUCGACAGAAGUAACAUCGGAAACGCCUACACCGCAGGAAUGGGUCGCGACCUCAAUAUGACGUCGCAAAAUUACUCUGUUGUGCUCCUCGUGUUCUUCGUAUCUUACAUUAUAUUCGAGGUGCCCUCCAACAUCAUUCUCACUAGGACAAGGCCAAGCAUCUACCUGCCGAGCCUCAUGUUCGCCUGGGGAGGCCUCUCCAUGUGCUUCGCUGCUGUCAAGACGUGGCAGGCAGCCGCCGGCUUGCGCUUCCUUCUUGGAAUGCUGGAAGCCACCUUUGCGCCUGGAGUCCUCUUCCUGCUCUCGUCCUGGUACAAGAAACAUGAGCUGGCCCGACGCUACUCCCUUUACUACACGGCAGUCGCACUCUCCGGCAUGUUUGGCGGUCUGAUCGCUGGUGGCCUCCUCCAGACGCUCGAUGGCACCCAUGGCAUUCCCGGCUGGGCUUGGCUCUUCAUCGUAGAGGGCGCCGCAACUUGCGGCGUCUCCAUCAUUGCCUACCUCAUGCUUCCAGACUUCCCCUCAACGACCCGAUGGCUCACUCCUCGGGAGCGCAAGAUUCUGUCCGUGCGCCUGGCACGCGACUCGGUCGGCGGGUCGCAGGAGGGUGAGGGCGUCACCCAUGGUCAAGCCGCCGCCAUGGCCUUCAAGGACUGGCGCACGUGGGCUUUCUCGCUCCUCUACUGCGCAAGUACUGGAGCGCAGACGAUCCAAUAUUUCCUGCCCGUCCUGGUCAAGGGGAUGGGUUACACGGGCUUCCACGUCCAGUACAUGACUGCACCCAUCUACGCGGUCGCUUUGGUCGCCAUUCUGGUCUUCUGUUGGUCCUCCGACUACUUCCAGGAGCGCAGCAAGCACCUCGCAGCCGCCGCCGGACUCGCAACAGUCAUGUUCGCUCUCCUCGUCGGCGUGCUGGACAACACGGCGCGCUACGUCUUCCUUUGCUUCGCUGUGGCAGGCGUGUACGCGGCGUGCCCUCUGAUCAGCAUCUGGGUCAGCAACGCCAUCCCGCAUCCAUCGGAGAAGCGAGCCAUCGCACAAGCAUUCGUCAAUGCUUUGGGCAACAGCGCCUCGCUGUGGGGUUCUUUCCUUUUCCAUGCCGGCGCAAAGGACUACAACCGUACGGGCUUCUCGGUUAACCUCGCCCUCAUGGUCCUCGUGGUAGUGGGUGCCAUUGUCGUUCAAAUCUUCCUGAAGCGUAACCCCUAUCCUGAGAUGCAGACGCCUGCAGCUCGUCAGGCUGCCGCCGCUACCAAGGUGGACGCCUAA